CUGAGAGAGUGUUAACACAACCCCACCCGUAGUCCUGCUGCAUUAGAGAACAUCAGCUGGGCAAACUAAUGAACAGCCAAACAUCAAGUCACCAUGUCUCCACAGAGCAUCUUCUGACAUUACGAAGAGCAGAAAUCUCAGACGUCGACGCAUCUUCAUGUUGGUGUUAACGGACAAAAGAUAUUUUUCAGUAUUUCAUGACUGUGCAGACUUUCAUGUUGAAUGGCAAUGAUGUCUAAUAGCAGCAGUGAUCUUUUGGAGGUCACAACCCUCAGCUCAUCAACAGAGGAAGACUUCUAUUUUAUAAUUGAUGGUGGAGUGUGUGAUUAUGGGCAGGUUGCAAGCCACAUUCUCCCGGUGCUCUACUCUGUGUUCAUCGUGGUGGGUUUGCUGGGAAACCUGCUGGUGCUGUGGGUGAUCCUGAAAGGUGCUCAGUUGAAAAGCAUGACUGACGUGUCUCUCCUGAACCUGACCAUCGCUGACCUUCUGCUAAUCUUCACUCUCCCCUUCCUGGCUCAUUCUGCAGGUGAUACCUGGGUUUUCGGUAAUGGCAUGUGCACCCUGGUCCUCGGCGUGUACUACAUCGGUUUUUACUCUGGAAUUUUCUUUAUCGUGCUGAUGAGCAUCGACAGAUACUUGGCGAUCGUCCAUGCCGUGUUCGCCUUGAGGAUCCGUACAAGGGCUUAUGGGAUUUUUGCAAGCAUCUUCGUCUGGAUUCUCGCUGUUAUAGCAUCAUUUCCUGAGCUCCUGUAUCUUGGAGUCGAAAAGAAUGGGACUGUCAUUUGCAGCGCGUAUCCAAAAGACGCAAGUCACAAUAAUGUAAGAAGUGGAGCGUUCUUUAAAAUGAAUGUUUUGGGGCUGCUGAUUCCACUCAUCAUUGUGGGAUUUUGUUACUCGAUGGUACUAAGAAAGCUUCAGACCCUUCGCAACUCCACAAAACUGGCCGUUCGUCUUGUCAUUGUGGUCAUGGUGGUGUUCUUCUGCUGCUGGAUACCGUACAACAUCGCAGCGUUCCUCAAGGCACUGGAACUGAAGCUCAUCCUGACUCCAGAGUGUGAACUCAGCAAAAAGAUCCAGCUGCUGCUGCAGGUCACCGAAGCCGUGGCGUAUUCACACAGCUGCCUCAACCCGUUCCUCUACGUGCUCGUGGGUGAAAAGUUCAGGAGGCAUCUUGCGAGACUCCUCCUCCACACACCAUGCAGCCAUGUACAGUGUAUGAAGGUCUACAUGACCCGAGCUGCAAGCUCGGUGUAUUCACAGUCCACGAGUAUGGAGGAACGCUCCACAGCGCAUUAAAUGGGGUUUUUGCCAUCACAUAUACAACAAUACACAUCACCACAAUUACCAACAAAUCAACACCUGAUGACCAACAGAAGAUCCCCAAAGCCUUGUCUAAGCAUGAAGUCCUCCAGAAGGCUUCCAGUCACGUUCUUCAAGUAACUUUAUGACCCAAUGUUCAGAGUCAGACACUACUGUAAGUACAGAGCUUGAGGAAUCAGAUAUGUACUUGUGAAACUCCGUACCUGUGAGUUUGCACACUUCUCCUGGUGAAACCAUCAUUAUGUCUAAGUCCGUUCUGUUCUGCAGUUCCAUGCGCUUAGCUUUCAGAGCCUUGGUGGUCUUUCGAGCUCUGUGAACACGACUUGUCUUCCUGAAUGCCACAGGAUGGGAAGAUGACUAUCAAUUCUAGAAACCAGAGAGAUUGCGUGCCUGUGAUGCAUGUGGUCGGCCCGAGCGGUUCGCUAGACAGAUAGCAGUUUCCUGUUAUGCUCUGGGACUCUUUCAUAGAUUGUUGAAUGCUUUUUUUCACAUACCACAAACACUUCCCUUAAUAAAUCAUGUCAUCUUUAUUAUCAUUAUUAUUAAUAUUAUAAUUACUACUUCUAUUAUGGAAUUUUUGGCGUAGAGUUGUGAGAUAUUAAAUCCACUUCAGUUCCAUGACUCAUUUAGAGCAGAGGGGGUAAUAACUUAUGGAAGAUGUAGGCAUUGAAUACACUAAUUAAAUCUUCACAACGGCAACAA